AUGGCUUCGGGGAAUACACCAGGGACAGCCAAAUCUGCGGUGGAGAAACUAUCCAAUGCCAUGGGUGAAAGAACUAAACAAAUAGGCACAGCCAUGAAAGAAGCCCACCACCAGAGAAGACUUAUCCUGUUCAUUGUCUGUGUGGCACUUUUUCUUGAUAAUAUGCUUUACAUGGUGAUAGUACCAAUUAUCCCAGACUAUAUACAAAGUAUGAGACUGGAUAGUGAAAAACACUUUAGAGAAAUAAAUUCUAGUUCAUCUUACUCAAAUAAAUCGAUCAUCAGACCCCCGUACCCAACAGAGAAUGAAGACAUCAAAAUAGGAGUCUUGUUUGCCUCCAAAGCUAUCUUACAGCUGCUUGUAAACCCUUUGAGUGGCACUUUUAUAGACAGGGUUGGCUAUGACAUUCCUCUAUUCAUUGGACUCAUUGUUAUGUUCCUUUCCACUAUUAUAUUUUCUUUUGCAGAGAAUUAUGCUACACUCUUUGUAGCGAGAAGCCUACAAGGUUUGGGAUCUGCCUUUGCAGAUACUUCUGGGAUCGCUAUGAUCGCAGACAAAUACACAGAGGAAGCAGAGCGGAGCAAAGCCUUGGGUAUAGCCUUAGCAUUUAUCUCAUUUGGUAGUUUGGCCGCACCCCCCUUUGGAGGCAUAUUAUACCAGUUUGUAGGUAAAAAAGUACCGUUCAUUAUUCUAGCUUGCAUUUCCCUCAUUGAUGGUAUACUCUUAUUAGCAGUUAUAAAACCCUUCUCUAAUCGGACUAGAGAAAACAUGCCAGUGGGCACACCCAUUCACAGACUAAUGAUUGACCCAUAUAUUGCAGUUGUAGCUGGAGCACUAACCACCUGUAACAUCCCAUUGGCGUUUUUGGAGCCCACAAUAGCAAACUGGAUGAAAACAACUAUGGGAGCCUCUGAGUGGCAAAUGGGUCUAACUUGGCUACCAGCCUUUUUCCCUCAUAUUCUAGGGGUUUAUAUCACUGUAAAACUUGCAGCCAAUUACCCUCAAUAUCAGUGGUUCUAUGGUGCAAUAGGAAUGGUUAUAAUAGGGGCUAGUUCAUGCACAGUACCAGCCUGUAAAAAUUUUGAGCAGCUUAUUAUCCCCUUGUGUGGUUUAUGCUUUGGUAUUGCCUUGGUAGAUACCGCACUAUUGCCCACUCUCGCCUUACUUGUAGAUCUCCGCCAUGUCUCUGUUUAUGGAAGUGUCUAUGCUAUAGCAGAUAUAUCUUAUUCCGUGGCUUAUGCUCUUGGGCCUAUAGUUGCUAGCCAGAUCGUGCACACUACGGGUUUCACUCAGCUUAAUCUUGGCAUGGGACUAGCCAAUGUACUAUAUGCUCCUGCUCUUUUGUUUCUUAGAAACGUGUGCAACAUGAAGCCAUCCCAUUCAGAGAGAAACAUAUUGCUUGAUGAGGGACCUAAGGGCUUGUAUGAUACAAUUAAAAUGGAAGAACGCAGGGCUAAGUCCAAAAAGGGCUUACAUAAAGGUGAACAUAUACAGGACAAUGCUAUGGACAAUUACAACGGAGCGCAAACAGGUAAAUACAUAUCUGAUGAAGAAUCCUCUGAUUAUGAGUAUAGCUAG